AAUGGAAAGCUGUCCAGUAAAUUGCUCCGGGAUGAAAUACGUAAACUGCGGGAGCUAGAGAACAGUAUAGUCGCUUAGCGCGCCUAGAUGGAUACUUGCAGCAGCAGUGGCACUCCGAAACCAGCACCUCGAACAUCGCUACAGCCUAAGCAACCGCAGUGGUCCGAAGUAGGCAUGACGACUGACACAACUCCAGCGGCGCAGCCAGAAGAGGGAACCACCGAUUUCAAUCGAUGCCGUCUGUGCGCACAAAAUCACGCGUUGCGGGUAUGCCAAGUGUUUCGCGCAAUGCAGCCGACCCAACGUUAUCUGGUCGCACGUGCACACAAAUUUUGCACCAACUGCCUCGCCUUAUCGCAUCACAGCAAGGACUGUCCCUCCGCUGGAAUCUGCAGGCUAUGUGGUCAGCGUCACCGUACCCUACUUCACGGGAAGACGGCACUCAGCAAAAACUCUCUGCAACACCACGCUCCAGCAUCGCGCAAAAGGCCUUCCGCACAUCGUCCCCACCGUCUACGCCGUACUGAACUCAGCUCUAACAAGCACAAGCACCCGCAUAUGGGGCAAAGAGCGAAGAAAAUCAAUACCAUCACCCAGGGAAUCCGCAUCACCAAGGCGAAUGGAAAGCUGUCCAGGAAAUUGCUCCGGGAUGCAAUACGUAAACUGCGGGAGCUAGAGAACAGUAUAGUCGCUUAGCGCGCCUAGGUGCGGGAGAAUA